AUGUCCAAGUUCCCUUCAUCUUCUUCCACAGCACCCUCGUCACCUCUUCAACCCACCGUUACUCAGGCGAUCACCUCAUCAUCUCCUUCUCGCUUAGCAUUGAAUAUCAACUUGAAACGGUCAUCUUCGAAUGCUUUAGACUUGGAUCGAUCAAGUAAGAAGUCCACCUCAAAUCUUUAUCGCGAUUCUUCCAUACGGGGUACGGUCAAGAACCACCUUCCUACUAAGAACAAGUCGAAUUCUCUUGAAAGUCUCUUACCUCCUUCGAAAGCUCUACUGACCACUCGACCAGAGAGCUCUACGAGGGUGAUACCCAAGCCUCAGAGAAAAGCAUUCACGGAUGCUAAAUCGAAGCUCAUGAAAGAGUUGUUUCAGAAAGAUGACAACAAGGCGGGAAUUCGCGAUGUAUCAUGGAAGGUGUCUAGUCAGCCCAGCCCCUCACCAGUGGAUUCAGCUUCUACGUUCUCUUUGUCGGUACUACCAUCCACUUCCCGACGCUCCUCAAUCUUUCAAACAUCUUUCACUCCUGCAUCUGCUUCCUCAUCGACGAAUAAGGCUCAAUCAAGGUCUAAAACCACUACGACGGCACAUACAUCAUUGUCCGCUCAACCUGUCCAGCCUACAUCACACCCUAAAUCAUCUCAAUCUGCUCUACACACUCGUCAACCUGUAACCAGCUCCCCUCCUCUUUCAGCCUCUCGAUACGCUCCUUUGCAAAGGCUACCAAAAGAGACAUAUCAAUCUACCUCCUCGUACCUCUCAUCAUACCCUGUCCAUAAACCCCACUCACGUCCUGUGCAAUUGACUCCCGGAACAGUCUCAUACCAACAACCUUCACCACCUCCAGCUCCAGCGCAAGCACCACCACCGAAACAUCUCGAUUGUCAACCUGGAGGACCUCAUUCCUACUUGCCAGGAACUACCACUAGACUGACUAUGGCGGGCCAUCGGGGUAUCGAUGAGCCCACAGAUGGAUCAGUAGUACCUCUUCGGAUGUCGCACGUCUCACCCAAGAAGAGAUCAAGGGGAAAGAACAAGUCGAAGUCGACUCCAUCUAUACCUCUUGUCCCUAUGGAAUCACCCUCAUUCUCUCUAUCCAGGGCUGCUCCACAACCAGUCCGACCGGUCGAAGAUGUUGAUUCGUUAAGAAGGGAUAACGAAUUACUUCGUCAAUCAUUAAAGUCACUUCGAAUCAAAUUCCUGGAGAAGAACAAACAACUAACUAAAGAACGUUCAGCACAUCAUGAAACUUCGUUAUCGCUCAUACACGAAAAAGAGGCGUCAAAAAUGAAUCGUGGGUUGAUUGAAAGUAUGAAACGGAGAGAAAAUGAAUAUCGAAUUCAUAUAACUGGACUGAUGACCAAAGAUUUACAGAGGACUCAACUUGAAGAUAAAUAUAGAGUUUUGGAAUCAAAGUGUCAAACCCAAAAAGAAGCUUUGGAUACAUAUGGUAAACAUACUUCACAACUUUCAGAAACGUUGAAGAAAGCUAAAGGACAGAUCGAAUAUCUAAAAGAGAGGAAUAACGAAAAAUUUAGAGAGUUGAUGAUGAAGAAUGAUGAAUUGGCUAAUUCGAGGACGGUAUCAAUCGUUACUGAGGUUGCGAAAGAGGUAGUAGCGGAAUGCCAUCGCAAGGGAAAGUAA